AUGUCAUCAAACCAAGAUGAACGUCGUAAUCUAUAUCACUCUCAAAGGGAAGUGAUCAGCGAGUUGAUUGCUUCUAUGAUCAACAUGGACGACGGAACGGAAGGAUACUAUAUAGAACGGUUGGAUAUUAUAUUUUCUGGGAAUGAAACCUACGUACAACGGUUGGAUAUUACGAUUGCUGCGAAUCAAGUAACAUCUAGAGCCAUGCUACCAACAAACCCUGCAACUGUAGUAAAUUUGAAGAGGGUGAAAGUAGAAGAAAUAAGCGAUACUCUCACUGAUGAAAUUUGUUCACUUUGCCUUGAAAACUGGGCUAAGGAAGAUGAAGUCAUGUUUUUGCCUUGUCAUCAUAUUUUUCAUGUGGGUUGUGUUGAAAAGUGGUUGAAUAUUAACCAUUUUUGUCCACUUUGCCGUUUUGAGUUGCCGACUGCUUAA